UACUACAAUAUUAUACAUAUAGCCAACCACAUCUCACAAUUCACAAAUUCUAAGUACCAUGGUGAUAGCUGAAUCUGAAACCAUGAAAUCCCAGUCCCACGUUGCAGUUCUCGCAAGUCCAGGCAUGGGCCACAUUAUACCGCUAUUCGAGCUAGCUAAACGCCUUGUCGUCCACCAUGGUAUCCAUGUAAGCUUCCUCAACAUCACCACCGAAGCUUCUGCAGCACAAAACCAACUACUCCACUCACCAACUCUCCCUCCAAACCUCAAAGUUAUUGACCUCCCACUUGCUGAUAUUUCAGCUCUAGUCACUGAGGACACUCUGGUCGUUGCUAGACUUUGUAUCAAUGUACAAGAGAGCCUCAAGCCCUUAAAGUCAAUCCUCAUAGAUCUCGGCAAGCCACAAGCUCUUAUCGUUGAUUUGUUCAGUACCCAAGCUUUUGACAUCUGCAAUGAGCUUUCUAUUCCUACCUACACUUUCUUCACUGCCUCAACUGCUUUCCUUGCUUUCUCUUUGUAUCUUCCUACACUGGACUGUGAAGUGGAGUGCGAGUUCGUUGACCUUCCUGAACCGGUUCAGAUCCCGGGUUGCACUCCGAUACGAACCGAGGACUUGCUAGACCAGGUCCGGAAUAGGAAGAUUGAUGAGUACAACUGGGUCCUGUACCAUUUCAGCCGUUUGACAAUGGUGACAGGGAUUUUCUUGAAUUCGUGGGAGGAUUUUGAACCAGCUUCGCUUAGAGCAAUAAGAGAGCACCCUCUCUAUAAGCAAAUAAACACACCACCGGUUCACCCAGUUGGGCCGCUUAUCAAAGAGGACGAGCCAUUGACUGAGUCGGGUGCAGAGUGUGUGGCAUGGCUAGAUAAACAACCAAUGGAUUCGGUUCUUUUCGUUACACUUGGUAGUGGAGGGACUUUAACAACUGCGCAGCUUACAGAGUUGGCAUGGGGUUUGGAACUCAGUCAACAACGAUUUAUCUUAGUGGCACGUAAGCCAACCGAUGGGAAUACCUCAGGUACAUUUUUCAACGUGGGUGGUGAUGUUAAUGAUCCAAAGGCAUAUUUGCCUGAAGGGUUUUUAGAGAGAACCAAAGGGGUGGGGCUGGUGGUUCAGUCUUGGGCACCACAAGUGGCGGUUCUCCGCCACCAAUCAACCGGUGCAUUUUUGUCUCACUGUGGGUGGAACUCUACACUAGAGAGCAUCACACAUGGUGUGCCGAUGAUAGCUUGGCCACUUUAUGCAGAGCAGAGAAUGAAUGCAACAAUGCUCAUGGAAGAAGUUGGUGUUGCUGUUAAGCCAAUGGUGGGAAAGGUAAAAGAUGUGGUCGAAAGGGUGGAAAUAGAGAGAGUGGUGAGGAUGAUCAUGGAGGGUGAGGAAGGGAAGGCAAUGAGGUGUAAAGCCAGAGAGCUAAAACACAGUGCAGUUAAAGGUUUGAACUUUGGUGGAUCAUCUAAGGAAUCACUUUCUCGUGUGGUCAAAGAAUGGAAGUGUGAUAAAAUCUAA